AUGGCACCCAAGAAACCCACUACCAAGACCGCAAGUAAGGGCAAAAAGCCCACAACCAGCAAGGGUAAGGAGAAACCAACCUCCAAGGCCGCUGUCAAGAAAACCACAGUGAAGAAGGAGGAAGUUUCCUCCAAGAGUUACAGAGAGCUGAUCGUAGAAGGGCUCACGGCUUUGAAGGAUCGUAAGGGAUCUAGUCGUCCAGCACUCAAGAAGUUCAUCAAGGAGAAUUAUCCGAUAGUCGGGUCCGCGAGCAACUUUGAUUUGUACUUCAACAAUGCCAUAAAGAAGGGUGUAGAGGCCGGCGAUUUUGAGCAGCCAAAGGGACCCGCCGGAGCUUUGAAACUGGCUAAGAAGAAAUCUCCAGAAGUAAAGAAAGAGAAAGAGGUCAGUCCAAAACCUAAGCAAGCCGCUACUUCUGUGAGUACAGCCACGUCAAAGGCAAAAGCCGCAUCUACCAAGCUAGCGCCAAAGAAAGUAGUGAAAAAAAAAUCGCCUACUGUUGCCACCAAGAAGGCCUCUUCGCCUUCUUCAUUGACCUAUAAGGAAAUGAUCCUAAAGAGCAUGCCCCAACUUAAUGACGGUAAGGGCUCCAGCCGUAUUGUCCUGAAGAAGUACGUCAAGGACACCUUCUCCUCCAAGUUGAAAACAAGCUCAAACUUCGACUAUCUAUUUAAUAGCGCUAUCAAGAAAUGUGUUGAGAACGGCGAACUGGUGCAACCAAAGGGCCCCUCCGGUAUUAUUAAACUAAACAAGAAGAAGGUCAAACUCUCCACUUAA